AUGGAGACCCGUAGCAAUAGUGUCGAGUCCUUCGGAAGCUUCGGUAGCGGAGGCGAUGGUCCUGCACUCCGCCCUACACGCGGGCCGAUCCUCCAAGCCACGCCGUCGCCGGAAGUCGCCAUCGCGGUCCACACGCACAGCCACGCCCACUCGUACUCGCACUCACACUCGCACUCGCAUAAAAGGAGACUGCCGUCGUCCUCCGCUUCCUCUUCGGCGUCGUCUCGCGGCUCCAUCUCCAGCACACGGGCGGCCACCAUAUCACCCGUCUCGAAGGCUACUAGAGGCGUCGAGGAACUCGCACCCCGCGACAAGACUCGGAGGAUCCGUAAGAAGUUUUCGCAUGACCAGAAGAUUGAGACCCAUAUGACUCGGCUCGAGGGCGCUUGUCUGCGGUGCUGGAAGAACCGGAAGAGGUGCGUCAAGAUUGAAGGAGCAUGCUGUAAAUACUGCAGCAACCUCAACCCGAUGCCGGAUAUGCCGUGCUUCCGGGCUCGCCUAAGUUCUUCGGAGCUGUUCCGCCAGGGGCCGACCGACGAAUUCCGCUGGACACAACGCAAGUGGCUUCAGACUCCCUUCAACGACACCAAAGUCUGGCGCUCGCCGCAGACGCGUCUGUUCGUGACGCAGGGCAUGGGUCUCCGACUCGAACUGGUCGUCAAAAAGUACGAACCCCAGCCCGAGGACACGGACAAGUACUUCUGGACCGACUGCAGCAACGGCGCGAAGAAGUCCCUGGAGAUGCCACGAUACGCGGUUGCCGACAUCUCCGGCGCGCAGGACGCCAUCAACAGAUACGUUGGCGACCAUACCGAGUCGUACAUCAAGAAGAAGAUCGGGUCGGAGGAAACGAUUCCUUGGAAGACGUUCCAAAUGGCGCUAAAAAUAAGCAAUGAGGGGUCCUCCCUCCUUAGGAAUGCGCUCCGUCUCUGGACCGCCAGCCGAAUCAUCGAAGAUCCAUGGGAGAUUACUGGCAGCGAGAAGCUCGGGAUGCAACCCGACAGCGACCCAAAGAGCCCAUAUUACCGCAAGGUUCCCGUGACUCCGGUUAUGGACUUUCAGAUCGACAACAUCACCAUCUGCAGGAUCCUGCUGCCGCUCAAGAAGCAGAUUCUCCAGGAGCUGCAGAAGAAGGUGCUCGAGAACAGACCGAAGGACUUUAUGGAGAUUUUCCUCACCAUGUACAUUCUGCUUCACAACAUUGAGCUCACCAUCGCGCACGACCGCUGGUUCGCCCAGCGAUGGAACAUUAAGACGCGAUUUUCGCACUACCAACUGAUCGACAACGUCUUCUUCGGAGCAAACAUCAUGUUGACACACUUCCACCACGUCACCCGUGGAUACGGACGGUUCGCCCAGGACUGGAAGAAGAGCAUACCCGACAAGCCGACCGAGACGCACAGGCGCUUCAUGGACGAGAUCAGCACGGCUGCAAAGCACCAGGCUGGCAGCCUGCAGAUACUGAGGGACACGGCCCAGUACGAGAGCCCCAUGUUUUGGUGCUCGCAGCUGUUUUACGAUGGGUGGAAGCCCGUCGUUUCGCCUUGCGCGUAG